AUGGGCGCUACUAUCAUGACUCCCCCUCUGGAACCUUCAUCACCUAUGGACGGCGGCAUUCGCAAGCGAGUAUGCAAAGCUUGCGACCGCUGCCGUUUAAAGAAGUCAAAGUGCGACGGCGCCAGUCCCUGUAGUCGAUGCAAAGCAGAUAAUGCCAUCUGUGUCUUCGGAGAGCGCAAGAAGUCCCAUGACAAGGUCUACCCCAAAGGAUAUGUAGAAAUGCUCGAAAGCCAGCAAGCACAACUUGUAGCCGGCCUACAAGAGUUGUACAAGCGAAUGCAAAACGGCCAAGGCUGGACCGGCGCACCUCUGAAGGAAUCGGCGAACGGUGUUCCAUUGACCCACGACAUUCUGGAAAGACUGGGUGCCCUGAAGCAAGACGGUCACACAAGCGACGUCUUUGAGGAGGACCUCACGGUUCUGCAACAGAAGCUGAUCGCCGACGGAGCUGGCUUCAUGCAACGACAACCCUCGCACGACUCGCAUUCCGACUCGAGCGCUCCCUCUCCCAUCUAUGAGCCAGUUGCCCAACGGCCGAAUUUCACCAAUCCUUUCAACCUGAACCAGUUCCCUCCGACACCACCCAACCAAAGCCCGUUCCCCCAGAACGCACGCGUUAUCCCGACCAAAGCUCAUUCCUAUCCUCACACCCAGUCGAACCUUAGCUGGAACACGCCGGUGUCCGAGUUUGAUGACAGCAUGGACUUUAUCAAUCAAUUCGAGUCACCCAUAAUGGAAUCCACCAUUGAUAUGAACUCAUUUCCACCAAACAUGUUCCAGGAACAUAUCGUGCCCGCCGCGAUCAAUCCCUGUCUGACCAUGAAAGACUGGGCCGGUCAGGAAGAUCUUCAACGGUAUUUCAACGCCAACAUGAUUUCAUAA